AUGGCACCUGUGCAUCUGUGGAGACAGGUUGUUGCUGAUGGCGCCACCCUGCAACAGCCCCAGGGCUUGGCCCCUGAUGGCAAACACCUAAACCUCCCAAUCUUGCAGCCAGGGCCUCCCUGGACCAACAAAGGAAGCUUUGUCCCUGCACUCUGGUGCCACAAGCCACCCUCUGACAGUUCCUGCUGCUCUCUCCGGCCCCUCACCACCUGGGCACUAAUCCUAGAAUGCAGGUUCAGACCCCCAAUUUCCCUGGGCCUUGGCACUGGCCCAGCGCAGGGCGAGGUAACAGGUUGUGUCAGCCAGCGCACCACCGCCGCCGCCACUUCAGUCUUCCCCAACCACGCCAAAAGUCUGGUUGUCCCGCCCUCUGCACCCCCCCAGGCUCUCACCUGUCGCCACUGGGCUCCCUCCGAAGUUCCCCUGAUCCCCGAAGUCCUCUUCCGGAGGCGGCGCCAGGUGCAGGCUUGCACAGAUGGUGAAGGAACUGACCUAUUUGCAGUAGCGGUUCAUGAGUUUGGUCACGCCCUAGGCCUUGGCCACUCUUCUGCUCCCAACUCCAUUAUGAGACCUUUCUACCAGGGCCCGGUGGGUGACCCUGACAAAUACCGCUUGUCCCAAGAUGACCGUGAUGGACUGCAGCAGCUCUAUGGGAAAGUGUCCCAUACCCCAUAUGACAAGCCCACAAGGAAACCCCUGGCUUCACCUCCACAGCCUCCAGCCUUGCCCCCUGACAGCCCCUCCACACCUGUGCCUGAUCGCUGUGAGGGCAAUUUUGAUGCUAUUGCCAACAUCCGAGGGGAGAUCUUCUUCUUCAAAGGCCCCUGGUUCUGGCGCCUCCAACCCUCAGGACAGCUGGUGUCGCCCCGUCCAGCGCGGCUGCACCGCUUUUGGGAGGGGCUGCCCACCCACGUGAGGAUCAUCCAGGCUGCUUAUGCCCGUCCCCGAGAUGGCCGAAUCAUCCUUUUCAGCGGCCCCCAGUUCUGGGUGUUCCAGGACCGGCUGCUGGAGGGCGCAGCGCGUCCACUGGUAGAGUUUGGGCUUCCCCCUGGAGAAGAAGUGGAUGCUGUGUUCUCCUGGCCUCUGAAUGGCAAGACAUACCUGAUCCGAGGCCAGCAGUACUGGCGGUAUGACGAGGAGGCCGCGCGCCUAGACCCUGGCUACCCACGCGCCCUGAGUCUCUGGGAGGGGGCGCCCCCCUCCCCAGACGAUGUCACCAUCAGCAACACAGGUGACACCUACUUUUUCAAGGGCACCUAUUUCUGGCGCUUUGCGAAGGGCAGUGUCAAAUCUGAGCCGGAUUCCCCCCAGCCCAUGGGGCCCAAGUGGCUGGACUGCCCUGCCCCCAACUCUGACCCUCAAAUCCCCAACUCCCCGAAAACGACACCCAAAACCGGAACCUGUGAUUGUCACUGCGAGCUCAAUCAAGCCUCAGAGCAGCUGUUGGUGACCUUCCCGCUGCCCCUCCUGCUCUUGCUAGCUGGAGCAGUCCUUUCUAGCUGAAACAUGGUGUCAGCUCCCUACACCGAAUGGAGCAGCAGUCUCCCGCAGCCGGACCUAGCGUGGGGUCGUGGGACGCUGUGGCACCUCACUGUUCCCACGGUGCAGAGCCUCACUGACUGUUCCCACGGCGGGACUCAGGCUCACGGAGCUGGGUGGAUUCCUAUCAGAAGCCUGUGGACACCUCGGGAGUCCCCCAGCCUGCUUCCUGUUGGCCACAGGAGCUGUGGCCACAGUCAAGGGUACCGCCAGGGGGCGACAUGCACCCUUUCUCUCCAUCGCCAGGAAUGACUCAUUGCUGCCGCCACUGGUGCUGGGAACCCACCUGAACUGUGGAUUGGACACACAGUGCUCGGCCCUAUCCCGUUUCUCCUCAGACAGAGGCGACACCACACUUGGCUCAGGUUGUGUGCUGCCUUCUGCUGUGCUGACUGGCUUCCUGGGAAUGUGCACUCCUCUGAUUCUCCACAAUUGGUCUUACUGGUUGACAGGGCUCAGUGGCUGUACUCUGACUAGAUGGUUAAACAGGACCAGGACUUUGAA